AGGUACCAAAUCUUUGGUAUGGAAUUCUUUUCGUUUCCAUGUUAAUAAUUGCUAUUAUUCUUGGCUAUACAACCGGUGCAAAUUUACCUUUCUGGGCUGUAUUGUUGGCUAUUUCUCUUGCUGUACUCAUGGUAAUUCCAAUAGGCAUUAUUCAGGCCGUCUCAAAUUGGCAACUUGGUUUAAAUGUUAUGACUGAAUUGGUGUGCGGUUUUCUUUUACCCGGAAAUGCCAUUGGAAACGUAUACUUUAAAACUUAUGGAUAUAUGUCUUUGUUUCAAUGUUUAUUGUUUGUUCAAGAUCUAAAAUUAGGUCAUUAUAUGAAAAUUCCCCCAAAAAGCAUGUUCGUAGCACAAAUAUGGGGUACAUUUGUUGGUAUAUUUGUAAAUUAUUGGACGUUGGCUAUGAUAAUUCAGACAAAAAGACCUUACCUUGAUGUAUGGGGAUUGAUUGGACCGGCAAGAACUUUCGGGCGUGACUCAAUUUAUAAUGUGCUCCUUUGGGGUUUCCUAAUUGGUGGCUUUUUACCAAUACCAUUUUAUUUGCUUCAUAAAAAAUUCCCAAAUGCAAAAUUCAAUCUCGUUAAUGUGCCAGUAAUAUUAAAUGGUCUAAGUCUUUUCCCCGGAACUUAUUCAAAUUUCUUAAUCACUGGUUUCCUUACAAGCUUUUUGAGUCAAUUUUAUGCUUUUCGUUUUCAGAAAAAAUGGUGGACAAAAUAUAAUUAUGUGAUGUCUGCAGCAUUUGAUGCCGGUGCACAAAUCAUGACAAUAGUUUCUUUCAUCUUUCUUACUGGUAUUUUACAG